CCGUGGGUGGGGGACGGCGUUGGGAAAGAUGCUGCAGCCGCUGCUGGUGCUUUUUGUCCUGCUGCUCGCCGGCGGAGCGGCAGCGGUGGAGGAGGACCAGGGGGAGGCUGAGAGGCUGCCGACCAAAUGCGAAGUGUGCAAGUUCCUGACAGUGGAGCUGCAGUCCGCACUGGACAAGACAAAACGUUCCAAGGAGGUACUGGAGCUCGGAGAAGUACUGGACAGUGGGAAACGUAAGAGAAAGAUAAAGUACAACACAUCGGAGACUCGGCUAGCGGAUGCCAUGGACAACAUCUGUGAAAGGAUCCUGCAGUACAAUGUACAUGCCGAGCGACCCGGGAGCUUACGAUACGCAAAGGGCACCAGUGAGACCAUGAUGGCCCUGAAGAACCUGGUGAACAAGGGUGUCAAGGUGGAGCUGGGGAUUCCGUUCGAAAUGUGGGAUGAGCCCUCAGCCGAGGUGACGGAUUUGAAAAAACAGUGUGAGAACAUGUUGGAACGGUACGAGGAGAUAGUGGAGGAUUGGUACUUUCACCAUCAGGAUCUCAAUCUGGAGAGGUUUCUCUGCACGUCCCAUGUGCUGGCAAAGGAUGAUCAAGAUUGCCUGACGGAAGUGUGGACAGGACGGAAGGGGGACUCGGCUGACAGCCAGGAGAGGAGGAGACGGGCGGCUGCAGAGGAGGAGACAACGCCGGCAGGUGACCUGCCCGGCGAAGGAGACGUGCCGGGGAGCAAGGAGGCUAAAACAGCUGAUCGGGAAGCCGCGCGCCACAACGCUGCUGAACUCUGACCCCCCCCCCGACCCCCCGCGCUUCACGACGCUGCUGAACUCUGACCUCAUCCCCCCACCCCCGCGCCUCACGACGCUGCUGAACUCUGACCCGGAGUUGCGAACUUGGAUCGGAAAACCCUCGCGACGCCUGUCACUGACUCCAAAGCGACGCGGGCUGGGCUAUCCUCGUCAGUACAGCUAACGGAGACCAUUUUAAUCUUCAUCCAGGGCUGUCCAAACACGGUGCAGCCUGUGCUCUGCCACUCCAGCCUGCAAGGUCUGCCUGUAGUUCUGCCUCUUAUACUCAGCAACACGGAAGUAUUGGGGAAUGAACUUAUGAUUUUAAACUUUCUACGUGACCCAUUCAGCAUUGCGCAGCCCCCUCCCCUCCCCUUCCCUCAAGAUUAAAAAUCAUGGACACUCAUUUUAAUAAGUAGCCCUCACCACACCACCACCCCCCUGUUUCCUACCCCCUGUAGCUCAGGUUACGGUCUCUCAAAACUGUCAGCUGGGUGGAGAUGUUUUAUCCUCAUCCCAGGAUACAGCGUGUGUUUUUUUAAUCUUCCCUGACUCAACAGUGAAGAUAGGCAGGGAGCCAGGAGGUUCUUGUAAUGACUAUUUCAAUCCACAAAAAACUGUACCAAAUCUGGCUCAGAUUUACCGCUACACGGCGAAUCCACUUGAUCCCAGAUCCCUGUGAAACAGGUGGCCUCUGAGACCGACUCUGCUCGGCUCAAACUCCAUGUUAAACCAACAAAUCCGAUAGGCUCACGUUUCUGGUACAAUCGGGAGAGCUUCAUUGCAUCCUGGCCUCAUCGGACUGUGCCAGCAGCCAAUCGACUUAUUAAACUAGCAACCGUGCAGAACGAAAUAUACCUCUGGUGUCAGAAGAAAACGUGUCCUUUGUUAAAUGCUGAGCUUCUCUUGGCUGCUCAUGACCUCCCUGAACAAUGCACUUUACAGAGUGAGCAACCUUCUCCCAGUGCUGUCCUUAGGCUGCUCGCUGGGGUCUUCCCCCCAGCCUCGAGGCUUUUCGCUGACCCCACCCCCUCCCCCGAGGCUCUUGCUGACCCCACCCCACGGCCUCGAGGCUGCCCGCUGACCCACGGCCUCGAGGCUGCCCGCUGACCCCCGGCCUCGAGGCUGCUCACUGACCCCAGCCCCCUGCCCCGAGGCUGUCGCUGACCCCACCCCACGGCCUUGAGGCUGCCCGCUGACCCCCGGCCUCGAGGCUGCUCACUGACCUCCACCCCCUGCCCCGAGGCUCUCGCU